UGCGUUCAAAUAUUUAAUUAUUAUUAAGAGUACCAGUAUAUACUAGAAACUGGGAAUAAAGUGGUAUAUUCUCUAGUUUUCAAAUCACUAUCUAGAGCUCGCUUUUUCGUAGCUAUGGCGGAGGAAGAGGAGGACCACGCAUUCCUCGCUUCCACAGCACCGCGCAUUUUGAGAGCGUUUGAUGUCCAGCAGCGCGGAGGGGACGAGGAUCGACCGCUUCCGCGCCCGCUACCGAGGCCUCGUCUCCUCUGGGUGUCGCUGCUCGUUCUCCUGGCCGCGAUCUCGGCUGGAGGAAUCGCGCUUCUCUUCCGUGCACCCGGCAUUGGAUUCCACACCGCUGGAUCGGCCCGGGAUGGAGCAGCAAUGGCGCUGGGGUUUCACUUCCAGGCGCCCCCAAACAGCAGCAUCUGGAUGAUCAGUCCAAACGCCCCGGUGUUCUACCGCGGAUUCUACCAUCUCUUCUACCGAUUCACCACUCCAUCGUCGUCCAGUAGCAAGAACCAGAGCUCCUGGGGCCACGCCAUCGCCAAGGACCUCCUCCACUGGACGCAUCUCCCCACGGCGCUGGAUCCCGGGCCAGAGAGGUACGACGAGCAAGGAAUUCUUGGCGGAUCCAUGACGCUUCUCGUCCAGGGCCCCGUGAUCCUCUACACUGGAAUCUCCAGCGAUGGCGCCACCACACAGAAUGCCGCUGUCCCGGUCGAUCCAGGCGACGCCAUGCUCAAGCACUGGAAGAAGAUCGCCCAAAACCCUCUCAUUCCAGCAGGAGGAAGGGUGGCGAUGAGAGAUCCAAGCAGCGCGUGGAGGGAUUCUUCUUGGCGGAUCCUUCUUGGCGGCGAGAAUGCCAGCGAUGGCGUUGGAUUCGUCUACUGGAGCAACGAUUUCCUGGACGGGGAGUGGAAGAGGCUGGAGACACCACUGCUGCGAAUGCCAGGAGCUGGGAUUUUGGAAUCUCCAGAUUUCUUCCAGGUUUCUGAGAGCAAGCACGUCGUCAAGGCGAGCUUGCGCGAUGACCCAGCCGCCACCUUUGGAUCCGACAGCUAUGCCGUGGGGAGAUACUUCUCAGAGAAUGGGAGCUUUGUUCCAGACGACGACCCUGGAGCUGGAAGAACUCUUGGGCUCCGCUACGAUCACGGCAACAGCUUCUUCGCCUCCAAAUCUUUCGCGGACACUGCCAAGGAUCGUCGAGUGCUCUGGGCGUUGCUCCCGAAAGAUCCUCUCAGCAAGGUGGCUCGAGCUCCUCCCGUCCAAAGCAUUCCUCGAAAGUUGUGGCUCGGUAGUGACGAAGAUGAGGAGGAGCUGCUACUCCAGCUUCCAGUGGACGAACUCGCGAGCUUGCGAAUCGGUCCCGGGAUCCAUAUGGCCGAUGUCACGCUGGAGCCGGGUGCCGUGAUCCAAGUUGGAGGAGACGCUCUUCCGCAACUGGACGCGGAGCUCGUCUUCGAGCUUCCAGAUCUCACCACCCAGAUGAGCAUGGAGAACUUCGACGUCGAGUUUAGCAGCACUGGCAACGCGGCCGCGCACUGCCGGAAGAAAGGAGCUCGAGUGAAUGGUAUCCUGGGACCGUUUGGAUUGCUGGUGCUGGCCACUGGAGAUCUCGCCGAGCACACCGCCAUCUUCUUCCACCUCGGGAGAUCCAGAAAGGGCCCUGUUGCUCUAGUCUGUGCCGAUCACAGCCGAUCAUCACUGGCAAACCAUCCCGAGGAAGAUCUGUCCGCUGCUGCUUUGCAUGGAGCCUUCGUCCACCUGGAUGAUCCAACCGUGUUUCGCAAGGUGGCGAAGGCGGAGGUGGAGGUGCUGGAGCUGCGAGUUCUGGUGGACAACUCGGUGGUGGAGACGUUUGGGCAGGGCGGGAAGAUCAGCAUCACUUCCAGAGUGCAUCCAACGCUGGCAAAGGGUGACGCUGCUCGGCUCUUUCUCUUUAACAACGGCACCAACGCUGUCCGGUUGAAAAGGCUGGACGCUUGGAAGAUGAAAGCCGCGGAAGCAACGCUCUUGUAACAUUAUUCUUGACACUGGUCGCACUAGAAACUUCAGAGAACCUCCUCGUGUCCAGGGAAGUGUUGUAGCUCACGUACCUGAGUUUACCAUGAUAUCUUUUCAGGUGAAGGAACGAACUUCUUCCAUUCUGUAACAGAAACAUCACCGCAAUCCUUGCAGGAAAGAAGUGUAGCUCACGUACCUGAGAGUAUGAAGUUUACCAUGGUAUCUUCUGCUUGCAGUUCGCCGAGUAGAGCCUUCUCCUCUGCUCUUUGACAACCGCGGACGGGGAAGAAUCGAGCAUCUCAAACAGCUCCUCUGUCGUCUCGUCGCCUUCGACGUCGCUCCCUUUCAUCCUGUUGCGGAAGUCGAGCGGGAACACGUUGCAAGCCACGUACACCUUGAGCAGCUCGUUGUAGACGGUGGCGUCGCCGAUGAAACGGUAGUGGAACAUGAUCCUCUCGGCGCCAUCGAUGUCCCUCCGAGCAGCAAACACGGGCAGCAGCGCCAUCAUCGUCUUGUAAGCCGGACGGAUGUGUCUCGCGGGGAUCGCCGCGACGCCUUCUUUGAGCCUCGCCAGCGCCAACUCGGUGUCGCCGCUCGCAAUGUAACCUCUCACCAGGCUGUUGUAUGGAGAAAACACCGCCUCGUUCAACCUGUG